GCGCAGAUAGAUCUCUCAUCGCACCGCCUGUGAGCUGGAGCGAAUCGAGCGAUCUCUCACUUCUCCUCUCCUGUCGGAUCCGCCCCUGUCGCCCAACGCCACAGCAGUCCUUCGCACACUGCCCUCAGCCACCCCCAAUCGCAGCCUGCAUCGCAUCUUCCCCCUCUUCCCAUCGCAACAGCCUCAUUCCAGCGGCUCUUCCCAGCUUGUCGUUCAUUCAUUCAGCCACCUGAGUCAAUCAACAGGAUGAUGCGAGCAGCCGUCUCUAUUUUGCUGCUGAGUCUGAUCCUCUCACCCGCCUCUGCACAGAAGACGACCAAUGGUAUGCCGAACACACGGAGCGCUGCUGUUGGGAGCACCCCGUGUCUGCAUGGCAUGGUGGUGUCUGUCGUCUGUGUUGUCCAUCGUUCAGGUGUGUCAUCGUCGCCCGAGACCGACGAGAAGGUGUAUGACACGAUCAUAGUGGGCGCGGGUGCUGCCGGCUGUAAGCACACACGCGCGCACACACACACACACACACAGAGAGAGAGAGAGAGAGAGAGAGAAUGUUCUCACCAUAAUCUCGUUUUCGUCUGUUGCCCCUCUGUUUUCGUCUGCAGGCCCCCUGGCGCGCACUCUGGCCGAUUAUGGUGAAGAGGUGCUGCUGCUCGAGCGUGGCGACGACCGUCAGAAGUUCCCAGAGGCCUUGACCAAGAGGGGCGGGCAGACGGCGAUGCUCAACCCCGUCAUAUCUGAGCAGUUCGAGACCGCCCAGGGCGUCGUGGGUCACAUCGGGCGGGUGACGGGAGGCGGCACAGCCAUCAACGCCGGCGUGUACAUCGAGGAGGGCACCGGCUACUUCGACGACCUAGAGAGGCUAUACGGCGUCACUCUCAACCGGACCCUCAUCGACGAGAGCUUCGACUGGCUGCGCGACUCGGGCAUCGUGAAGCCAUCCUCGCAGGACGGCCAGUGGAACACCGCCCUCCGCGCAUCCCUCGAGGCCGAAGGCUAUGAGUGGGCGGGCGACGAGGGCACACCACAAGUGGCCUAUGACAACGCCAUGGUGUGGCGCACCUACUCCAUCUUCGACGCCGACACCGACAAACGUCACGCCGCUGACGAGCUGCUCGAGGGGUCGACGGUCACCCUUCAAGUGCUCUCAGAGGUGCAGCAUCUCGAAUUCGACGAGGAGUCGGCCGACGGCGCCAAGCUGACAGCCACGUGUGUGGUGUACGACAAGCUGACUGAUACGGAGGGCAGGGAGCGGUCGAGGCGUCGCGUGUGCGUGAGGGAUGGGGGCCGCAUCAUCCUGUCUGCGGGUGCCAUCCACACGCCGGCGAUCCUCAUGCGCUCGGGGCUGGGCCCGCGGGAGAUGCUCGAGGCGGCCGGCAUCGAUGUGGUCAAGGACAUGCCCAACGUCGGCAAAGACCUGCACGACCACCCUCAGGUACGCCACCUACCAAGACACGCUCUCAUCGCAUGUGUGGAUUGUCCAUGUGUGUGUGUAUGUGUGUGUGUGGCUGGUGCAGACGCCCAUCGGUGUGGGUCUGAACGCCCCUGGUCCCGUGACAAUUCAGUCUAUCAUGGCCACUCGCUACGCCGGACCAGGCUGCGACGCCGAGAACCCCUCGCCAAACGAACAGUGCCACUUCAUACUCAUCGUAAGCACACACACACAGAGACAGAGACAGAGACAGAGAGAAGAGAGAGAUUUCCUCAAUCUCUCAUUUCGUCUUCUGCCUCUGUGUGUUGCAGGAUGAGUUGUCUCAGGGUUACGGCAUCACGACGGGCAUGGCCCUGACCGCCGCUAAGGGUGCGGCUCAGGGCAAGGUCAGUCGCAGAGCCUUCAGCUUGCUCGAGGGCUUCUGGGAGUGCGCACACAACUUCGACAUCGCACUCAAGGACGAGGAAGUCGACACAGACACCGACGCAGCUGAGGUGGAGGCGCCGGCCGUGUGCAGUGACCAGCAGGCCGACCUGGCCAACUGCGCGCGUCAGGGGGGCUCGUUGCUGUCGUGGGUGACGGACCCGCUGUCCCGCGGGAGUGUGUCGCUGACUGCGGAUGGGUCGGUGGUGGUGGACCCCAAGUACUUCGACCACCCGAUGGACAGACAGGCCGCCGCACUCUCCAUCAAAGGUACAUAGACAUCCACUCACGUGAUGGCUGGAGCACUAGGCACACAUGGUGUGUACGUGGUUCGGUUGCUGCAGAGAUCGUCAAGCUCUUGUCGUCUGAUGACAUGCGCUCCAUCACUGCCAACGGGGAGGAGUCAUGCUUCGCCUCAGACCUCCUCACCUCGGGACUCGUCUCAUCCGCCAUGGUACGCACACCUCACCAGACAGCCCACUCUGCAGCCAUGUGACUCAUGGAUGGCGUGCUCUCUUCACCUCUCCAGGGGUUGAUCUUCCCCCCGUCCAAGUACGCGCCGGCCGAUGCGGAUCUGCAGCUGUUCCCCCGCGGCAUCAACGCAUCCAUGCUGGACACCGACGACUCGCCCGAGACCCUCGAGGCCAUCUUCCAGUCGGUGGCCGACCCGCUGUACAUCUCGAUAUGGCACUACUGCGGGACGGUCUCGAUGGGCACCCUCAUCGAAAGCGACGACUUCCUCCUCACCGGCACGUCCAACGUGCACGUGGUGGACGCAUCGGUCAUCCCCGCCGUGACGCGCGUCAACCCCAUGGCCACCGUCAUGAUGCUGGGCAGAUAUGCGAGCGUGCAGCUGGGCGAAAAGCGGGAGACGCUCAGGCACAAGGAGAGGGCCUACACAUUCGCCGUGUCAAGGGCGGAGGCGCCGCUCGUGGAUGGUGUCGGCGAUGUCGUUGAGGAGGAGUUCGUGUCGGGGAGUGUUGGGCUGGGGGGCAGUGUGUGGGGCGGGCUGGUGCUGCUGGUUCUCGGCUGGUUCCUCCUGGCCUAAACCUCUCUCUCUCUCUCUCUCUCUUUCGUCCCUCUCUGUCUCGUCCCUCUCUGUCUCGUCUCCACUGUUUGUCUGUCUGUGUGUCUGUCUUUCGUCUACUGUCUACUAUCUCUGUCUACCUCUGCGUAUCCAUCCAAUCGGGACACUUUUUCAAGCCGCUAAGUGUCCUCUCUCUUUUAGAGAAGCAAGAACCGGGAGAGAUGUGGCUUGGUUUAUGCUAUGCGUGUUGGCUGGUAAGUGUAGCCUUUCAUGUUUGGGUGUGCACGGGCUUACGUCAUGUCGGUCAAGUCACGUGGCAUUUGUUAUUUGACGAAAGCUGGUUGCCGGGCCGGGUGUAUGACAAACAUGGCAGAAAGGUUUUGCCAGCCGUCACAACAAACGCCGGCCUGCACCUGUCGGCCUGUUGUCGACAGCUGCAGGCGGGCCGAGUGCCGGUCUGCCUUUCUGCGAGGGAGUGGAGAAGAUCAGCGGCGAGACGCCGCCUGACCAUGAAGUGCCGUGGUAUAAUGGUGUGGUGUCGGUGUGUGGUGUGGUGUCGGUACAUUUAGUCAAGCCAGUCGCCGUGUGGCUGCAAGCGGCUGUCUCUUGGUGGGUUUUCAUCGCCAAGGUUGGUGGGCAGGGGGGUAUGCGCGUUGGUCUGUCUGCGCGUCUGUCUGAGAGUGUAUGUGUGUAUGUGUGUGGUGUCGGUAUUUCAUUACUGGUUCGUCGUCCGUAGAGGAUGAUCAAAUGGCGGUCACACUGGGACACGCUUGUGUGUUGGUUGCGUCUGUGGACCUGUCGUCACUCGUCUGUCUGUCUGUCUGUCUGUCUGAAUUCACGUGUGCGUGCCGGUCCCCCAUCGUCCAUCCAUCCCAUU